CAGCGAUGGUUCAGUCUCGUUCUUAGCCUCCUCUUGGCUGGAAUCGCGCGAAUGAACUCGCGUCGGUAUUAAUCGAUGUUACCGCGAUAGCUUUUAUUCGUAACUUCCUAAACGUUAUCCAAAAAUAUCCGAUUUUUGUUUGUGCGAUAAAAAUAAAAGACGAAAAAAGAGAGAAAAAAAGAGAGAGAAAAGGGAGAAGAAGAAGAAGAAGAAGAAGAACGAGAAAAAAAAACAAAAUUAAUUUUUCAUUUCGUCGAAGUGGAAUAGAAAAAAGGUGAAACGAACGAUCUAGGUUAAGAAAGUGUUCUGUGAAAAAUGGAGGCAGAAAAAAACGGUACUAUCGAGAAAGAAAAGAACGAGAGUGGCAACGAGGUGGCAACUACGUUAAAUGUCACGAACGAAGUUGCGAAUAUGAAGCUCGAUGAAGUUACAGCUAAUUCGGGAAAUUCAACGCCAGGUAGUCCAGCUGCUAGUUCGCCAGCCGGUAGUUUUUUGGCGAAUUUUAAGGCUUUCUCGAAAUUCGGUGAUCCUAAGAGCGAUGGAAAGUCGAUAACACUUAGCCAAAGUGAUAAAUGGAUGAAACAGGCAAAGGUGAUCGAUGGAAAGAAGAUCACAACAACGGACACCGGGAUCUAUUUCAAGAAACACAAGUCGAUGAAACUUGCGAUCGAUCAGUACAAAUCGUUCCUGGAGGAACUCGCUAAAAGUAAGAAGGUCGAUUUCGUUGAAAUGAAGAACAAGAUGGCGAAUUGUGGUGCACCAGGCGUUACGGUAGGAGUAUCCGGGACUAAGAAGUCUUCAAGAGUGGUCACCUUUAAUAUUAUCAAUAAAAACGACUUGCAGGCUGGUAAAGCAGCAUCGACUGUGGAUCGUUUGACGGAUGUUACUAAAUACACUGGUUCUCAUAAACAACGUUUCGACGAGAGUGGUAAGGGUAAGGGUAUAGCAGGUCGAAAGGAUUUACCCGAUCAAUCGGGAUAUGUCCAAGGUUAUCAAAACAAGGACACGUAUAAUAAAGGUCACUAGCCCAACCUAUACGAUCUAAACAAGAGGCUUAUUUUAUCAUUUCUUAAUACUACACUGUCUCCCGUCCAGGCACUACGCACUUAAACGCUUCCUUUCUGAUUAUCGUAGGAAACGUUUCAUUUUUAAAAUGCGUAACUGCGUACUUAAACGGGUCCCUCACUGGAUGCUUCCUCACGGUCGUAUCAUAUAUUUUCGUUCUUCGAUCAUUAUGCUGUCAGAUUAUCAUUAAUUGUUUAAUACGAUCAUCGCUAUAACAGGAUAUGUUCUUUUUUUUUUCGAUCUCAAGGAUUUUAUUGUUCGAGCAAAACGAAGAUGUUGAUUCUAUAAUUUCUAUGUCUUCAAUAUAAUUUUUUUUCGUUCUAUUCUUUUUUUUUUUUUUGGAAAAUGAGAGACAAAGAGAGAUAAGGUGAGUGAGAGAAAGAGAGAGAGAGAGAGAGAGAAUGAAAGGUCGAAGAACGAGAAAAAAAGUAUGACCUAUCGUCAAGUUGAUCGUCAAGAUCCUGGAUGAUCUUGAUAUAACGAUCUCGAGAAAUACGUGCAUAAAUAUAUACAUAAAUAGUUAUAUACCAUUACUUGGUAGUAAUAAUGGUGGUAGUACUUUCUGUAAAAUCUGUCAAAUCUAUGGGGUGAUUUAAAUUGACUUGAGUACCUAAUUAAGGAACGACACGUUCAAUAUAUAUUCUCGAUAUGAGAGACUUUUGUAAUGCUGGAUCGAUACGAUUGUCUUUUGAAGUAAGUAAAUAAAUAAGUAAGUACGUAAGAAAGUAAGAUAAGUAAAUAAGUAUGUAAGUAAUUAAGUACUUAAAUGCUUAUACAAUGCGAUGAUGUUCCAGGUGAAGAUAAUCAAUAACAAUACCCAAUAUAUAUGCACUUUGAUAACGAAAAUAAUGUCGACCACGUUAAUCGAUUUUGUUGAACGAUAUUUUAUAUAUAUAUUUUUUUCUUUUUUUUUUUUGCCGAGGGUAAGCGAAAGAGGGCGGGUUUCAGUGCUGUAUGAGCGGCAAAAAUAAAUAAAAAAAUUAAUACGCUCGAAAUAUAUUAUUCGAGCACUAUAUAUUCUCGAUCUUUGAUUCGCUGAUAACAGUAUUUUUCUUUAUGCAAAAAUAUUGAAAGAGAGAAAAGAAAAAAAAUAUACAUAUACACAAAAAUCGUAAUAUUCGAAUUUUCUCAAUUUUACUGCUUUGGUAAUGUACGGGCCUGAGAGAACAAACAAAAAAAUAAAAGAGAAAAAUAAAAAAAAAAAAAUAAAGAAAAAAUAAUGAAAAAAAAAAGAAAUAAAAGAA